AUGAAGCGGCGAAAGCUAAGGCUCGUGUUCAUGCUACCUGGUAAACGUGAUACUAUCAUAGUAAAAGACGAUAAUGGAGAGAAAACGACGUACCAAAAAAGAAUUUUAAUUAAUAAUUUAAGAGAAAAUUACGAGUUAUUCAGAGAGGAAAAUAAGAAUGUUGAUUUGAGUCGUUCUGCGUUUGCUGAUUUGAGACCUCCAUUCGUUGUUUGUAAGGCGGCUUUGCCUCAUCGUGUUUGUGUUUGCGUCUAUCAUGCUAAUGUUGAUUUGCUUUUGAAAAGUUUGGAUAAGUGUAUUGCUGGAAAAGUUUGUUCAUCUCUAGAAACUUUCACUCAGUCGUUGGUUUGUAAUACAGAGAACGAGGAGUGUAUGUUCCGUCGGUGUCCACUUUGUGAAAAUUUCUUUCGAGAUGAGGUUGAACAAAAAGUUAUUGACGGUAACGUUCAGAUUAAAUGGCUUCAGUGGGCGAACGAAAAUGGACGGGCAGAAAAAAAAGAGUAUUCUGGUAGUGUUGAUGAGGCAGUCCUGCUAUUAGGAAGUAAAAUUGAACAUUUUAAAUUUCAUGUGUUUGUUAAGAGAGAACAGUCGAAAUGUUUUGAAAAACUUAAGGCUGAAGUGACCGAUGAAAAAGUUGUGUGUCAAGUUGAUUUCGCCGAAAAUUAUGGAAUGAAGGAGCAAGAUGAAGUUCAGUCCGCACAUUGGUACACAAAAACAAUGAGUAUAUUGACAGGUUAUGUUUGGUCCAAAAGUGGAGGAUUUGGUUUUGCUCUACCCUCGUUAGAUGUUAGUCACAAUAAAUUCGUUGUGAAUUCAGCUCUGGAAUUAAUUUUAAAUCAUUUGAAAACUCUACUUCGAAAUUUGAAAGGAAUUAACUUUUUCAGUGAUGGAGCAGCGUCUCAGUUUAAACAGCGUUAUCAUUUUCGAAAUUUAGUUUCGCUUGCUUCAGAAUAUAAAAUUAGUAUGCAUUGGUGUUUUUUUGCCACUAGUCAUGGGAAAGGCACGGUUGAUGCGAUUGGAGGAGUUGUGAAACGAGUAGUUUGGUCUGCUGUGCUUGGAGGUGAAGCUUGUCGUUCUGCUGCCGAUUUCGUUCGCAUUGCAAAGAAAAAAAAUAGAACAGAUACAGCGACAUUACCGCGAACGACAUUACCGCGAACGACGUUACCGCGAACGACAUUACCGCGAACGACGUUACCGCGAACGACAUUACCGCGAAGACUCGUUUAUCGAAAGGCAGAAUUUUAG